CGGGAUAGUUGUGCAGGUUGAGCUGUUGUGUUGUCACUUUGCAGUAAUGUUUGAGGCAUGUUCUGCGCCGGAGCGCAUUUCUGCGUAAUGACGGAGAACGCGCAGAUUACCGGGACGCGUUAAAGUGCAAACCCACGCAGCUCGUUCUUCUUAUCGAAAGAAAAGAAUCCAUUGAAAAGAAAGAUGAAAGUGUGUGCAGAAGAAAGCUCGGGAGUUGUGCCAAUCAAGAGGACUCGCCGCGGUUUCUUCGCUUUGGAUGAACUGAGUGCGCGCAGAGAGGAGCUGCUGUGAGCCGUGAGCGCGGAGCAAAGAAGCGGUGUGUUUUUUUUUACAAGCCCGGCUGCGGGACGCAAGAGGCGAGAUGUCAGGCCGGAGUGGAGGAGCGCCCCGGGGGUGCAGCAACCCAAGCCUGCAACCCCUCAGAGCCACGGUCCCGUACCAGCUCCAGAGGGGCUCCGCUCUCCUCUGCAGGGAGGUCAAAACGGCGGACAGAACCUCGGCGCGCCCACCGAAACCCACAAUCCGCAGAACUCUCUCCCUGGACACAAUCGUGGGACCCUAUCUGCAGGGACAGUGGCCCAAAGAGGCGGAGGGCUCUGCGGUCACCUGUGUCAACGACAAAGCCACCCAGGUGUCUUCUUGUGGUUCCAGUUGGAGGCAGAGGACUCCAAGUUCCUGGGUGGAGGAGACGCGAGGAAGGAGGAGUGUUGGUGGGCACAAGCGCUCGGCGUCCUGGGGCAGCGCAGAGCACCUGAGGGAGGUGGCCAAGCUGAGGCACCAGCUGCAAAAGCGCUCGCGACAUGCACCUCCUCCUGCAGGAUAUGAGCUCCCCCCGCCAGCAGGGCAAGCUGCAGGCAUCACUCAGACGGUGCCCCUGAUGCCGCUGAACAGGCUCGCCCAGCGGCUGCGACGGAGCGUCGAAGGCCUCAGCUUAGAGCUGGAGGAGGUUUUUGUGUCAGAGAAACAAGAUGAUCAGCAUGAGAUUUUGGAUAUCCCAGACGGGCACAGAGCUCCCGCCCCGGUGCAGAGAUGCAGCAGUGGCUCUCAGAGUGAACCUUCACCGGGACUUCUGGAUGCUUCUCUCCUUUCACCUUCUCAGUCCCCCUGUCCUCUUGAUCCAUCUCUCCUGUCUCCCUCAGCUUCCCCUCAUCCACUAAAUCCAUCUCUCCUGUCUCCCUCACAGUCACCCGUGGCCAAGCCAGAGCCGUUAGACUGUGAACCCUUGUGUCCCUCUCCACCAACAUCACCUCCGUUGUUUGCGCUGGAUGCUCCUCCGCUGCAGCCCUGCUCCUCUUCUCCACGUCCCAACAAAACCUACUCCUUUCAACGUGAGCCACCUGAAGGCUGCGAGCGGAUCCGAGUCUGUGAGGAAGCCGUGACUGUUUGUCAGGAUGAGCCCCUCCUGCAGCCAUCAUGUCCCGACCCCAAUAAAGUCAACUUUACCCCCCAUGGAGGAUCUGCUUUCUGCCCUGUCAGUCUUCUGAAACCCCUGCUGCCCUCCAUGGACCUGCUGUUCCGUGGCCUGUCAGUGUCUCCUGUCACUGGUUGCUCAGGUCAGGCCUCCCCUACCAGGCACCUGGGCAUGCCGUAGGUGGAAAUGUGAGCAAGUCCCUUGAAGAUUAAAGCACAUUGGACUGCCUGGUCUUGAAGAACCUGGAAGUGUUUUAUAUGCAGCAUGACGAUGGACAGUGAUUAUCACUGCAUGCCAUGAUCACAAGGAUUAUUAUAAACUUUUCAACUGCAGCCUUGAGUUUUGUUUGACUCUUGACUAAGUUUGGCCUAAAAUCUUUUGGAUUUGAUGAUUAUCUUUACCUGUGGGAUGAAUACUCUUAGCUGGUUGUUUUGCUCAUCAGCACUUGCUUUAUUCUGUUUUUUUUUUUUUUUCAAUAUAUAAGAUGUAGAUUAGACUGCAGAACUUAAGUUAAAAAAUGUUAGGGAAAACUGGGAGAACUAUCAGAGAGAAUGUAUCUUUUUGAUCAAACAAAUGUAGUGUUUGUGUCAUCUCUUAGUUGCAGGGAUCCUUUCAUAAAUGUCACAGUAUUUUCAGGAAACCAAGCACUUGGAUUACCUUCUCAGUGUCCUCAGCUAUUGACCAGUAUCCUACUAGAUACUUUUUGUGUCACUUAACAGAUAAAAAAACAAAAACAAUUUUGUAUUUGUUUCGUAAAUCUAUAGUUUGAAACACAAUUAUUUUUGACGUAUAGUUUUUGAACUGCUACUUUUGUACAGAUGUUUCUAGAAAGAUAUCUAUUUUUGUAUCUUUGUUCUAUGUUUUUAAAGUGUUAUGGUUGCGUAUUUACUCAAACUACCCUGACAUGGGUUGCUAAUAAGCUGAAACCAAGGUUAUCCUAUCUUUGCUGCCUAUUGCAGGCAUUGUUGGAGCCAAAGUUAGUUUGUUAAGACGUAUUCUGUGAAUUGGUCCAUUUGGAUUUGUUCUCAGCCCAUGUGUUUUUAUUACCGUCUGUUCUGAUCAUAAAGAAAUAAAAGCUAUUUGCGCUAUUAAAAAUACUAAAAAAAAAAAAAAACAAUAAAAAAA